AUGGUGGGACUAGCUCAACCAAUGCCUAAGAAGGUGUCAAGAGAGCCAGCUCGACCCACAGCUCGAUCGAGCCCAAGAACAAGGGCAACUCGACCAAGGAACCCAACUUCAAGAAGCAACCAUUUUAAGAUGUUGAGAGGUGAAGGAAGCAAGCCAGCAUUCACAAAGAGGGAGAUAACAAGAGGAGCAAGGAAUCUCAAGACACUACCAAGGAGGAUGAGGAAGAGAUUAAGAGGAGGAAGGAGAAGAGGUGAAUCAAAGAUUGAGGAGAGUGAGCAUGAGAGCAAUGAGAAUGUGCCCAUGGAAGAGGAGGAGUCAGAGGAAGAAGAGGAUGAGCUCCCCAUGUACCAAGAGCAUUAUGAUGCUCUCUUCUCCAUGGACUUUGUGGAGACCAAGUACCCACAUGAUGACACAAUGAGGCUCUUGGGAUCUUUGAGAUGUGGAGCUGGUCCUCAAGAACAUGCGCUUGGCCAAGUUCUUCUCUUACCGCUUGGAGUCAUACAAGGAGCUCACUUGUGA